AUGUGCCACCAACUCUGCCAACUACACUCCGUCUGCGGCCACGUCACGAAGCGCGAAAUCCCCUGCGACGUUACCGCUUCCAGUCUCAAGAAAACCCGCCCCAAUCCAUGGCCUACCGCCAUCGACACAGGAAGCAAAGUUAAAGACGCCUUCAUAACCUGGUGUCUUAAGUCCUUAAAGCCCGUCACCAACAAGGCUCACCCGCUCCGCUCAACAUGUCGUCCCCCACUGACCCUUCUUCACGAGGUCGAAUACGGCUUCUGUCCCAAGUGUCGUGAGUACUACGACAAGUAUGCCGCCAAUGUCUUCCGCGGAGACGGCGUGACGAAGAUCAUUGGUAUGGAGAUGGGUAGCGGUGGCUCUACUGACAAGCUGGAGAAAGUCAAGGACUUAAGACGAAGGACGUUGGAGUGGGCGGAGGAAGGUGAUAGCGCGCGUGAGAAGGCUAAAAUUGAGCGGAAUGUCGACAUGGAGAAGGCAGAGGAGAACAAGCGCGAGAAGGAGAGGCUGAAACAAGAGAAGCUUCAACAGGAAAUGCUGAAGCAGGAGAGGCUCAAAGAAAAGAAUAUUAAGAGAGAAAAAAGGCUCGAGGCGGAGAGAUUCGAGCAGGAGAGGCAGGCCAGGAAAGAGAGAAGACUCGAAAUAAGAAAGUGGCUCGAAGACAAAGAUAGCAUUGAAGAUGACCUCAAGAAGGUGGAGAAAGAAAAGAAGAAACAGAGGAGCGGUAAGGAAAAAGUCAAGGUGGAGAUUGAAAACAUCCAAGGAAGAACGCUGAUUGAGUACGAACAUGGGAAAAGCGAGAUGGAGGUGAGAGUUCGCAUGAGUUCUAGGCCACAACCAGCCAGCCGCGGUCUCCACUUAGGCGCCAGCCAUCAUCACGAGGGAGUCUCUGGCAAUGACGAGAAGUUGGACGAGAAGCCCAAGGUAUAUAGAUCACGGGGCGUUUCAGAACUCGUCAAGUUUUAUGAAUCUCGGUCCAACGAGACAAAAACGAAGAAGGAAGGUGUUCGAUCCGCACUCUCUGAGUCUCCUGUAGAGAAGAAACUGCCCCAGAACUGCCAGAAAGAUACCCUGGGAGUCACGGAAAAACCGGCACAGAACCAAGCGACCGCAAAGUGCGUAAACCAACGGCCAGAAGUCCAAAAAGCCGUUAAGACCAAUACCUCUGCGCCCGGUCUUCAACAGCAGCCCCAACCUGUCGGACCAAAAGCUCUCGAGUCCCAGCACAGGCCGAGCCUACUCAUGUCGAAGCCAAAGUCAUCAACGUUUCGUCCUCCUCCUGGAACGCCUCAGCCUCAGCCGCCGACAGAUGGCAAGGCCAAAGCCAGUACGCCAGUUGAUGAACCGCCAGCCAUAGCCUUGAAGUGCUGCUCUCAGCUUCCAGCAAAUCAGGAGGACAGUAGCCACGCCGUUAACACGGAAAACUCCGAGAAGAAGCUGUCACCCACUAGUCAAGACAUGAAAGAAGAGCGGUCAACAAGUGAGAAGAACGACAGUGAAAGGCCACCUCCGAUUCGUCGCUCGGGCACAGCAACCCCGAAAAGCGCAAAUACCGUCCCUGUCCAUCAAGACUCAAACAAGAAGCCAUCUGCGUCCAAGCGAGACGACGAAAUGGAGACUUCACAGAUUGGGAAGAAAGAGGGGCACCAACAGACUCAAUCCUGCCGCACAGCUCCCGCAAGGUCGAAUAAGACUCCCGGUUUUUCUACCCAGGCAGAAGGCGGAGGGGAGCCGCCAGUGAUCUUGUCCAAGCAAGAGCCACUACAGCCCAAGCCACUACCGUCCAAGCCAACCAAGCCUGAAGCAUCCAAGCCAGAUCCCGUGAGGGAGACUAAGCCUCAGCGAACCCCAUAUGCCACUUGUUCAUCGAGUGAGAAUAACAAGUCGUCCACGCCUCCUAUCGAUCCUGCUCCCGGAAACACGUCUUUCAACCCCUCCAUCGGCUCGAUGACGGUAGAAUGUGAUCCUACCGAACAGAUGGGUUCCAACGAUUCGAUCAGUUCGAUGGCGGUGAACUGCGAUCCGACGGAUAGCAAGGUCUCCAAUCCUUCGAUUGACUCGAUGGCGGUAGAGUGUGAUCCGGCCGACAGCAGGCUUUCCAUCACCCCAGUCGGCUCGAUGGUAGUAGAGCACGAUUCGACUGACAGCACGCUUUCCAACGUUUCGAUCGGAUCAAUGGUGGUAGAAUGCGAUUCGCUCGAGAGUAUACAUUCCAUCGUUUCUAACGGCUCGAUGGUGGUAGAGUACGAGCCAACCGAGGGCACCGUUUCUAACCCUUCGAUUGAUUCGAUGAAGGCUGAGCUCGACUCGAUUGAACAAUCCGUUUUGUGGGAGGAUAUUCGUCGGCAUCUAGGCUGCGAUGACGGGUCGAUUUUGGCGCAUCCGUCGUACUGUAUGUGUGCGAAAUGUAUCCGGGCGAGGUGA